CCCCGCCUCCCGUGCGCGCGCCAGAGGCCCGGGUCCCGCGUGCUCCGCCUGCGGCGGCCCGGGGAACGGAGGGAGCGGGCGAGCUCCCUGCACGUGGGCGGCAGCGGCGAUGGCCCGGAAAACGGAGCUGCCCAGGCGGGAGGAAGCGCUGCCGGGCAGGUCGGAGGCGAUCGUCGUGGCAGCCAACCAUGCUGUCAACGGAAAUCUGAUGUACCCGCCAUUCCCAGAAGGAAUGCAGAUGGCGAUAUUUGGAAUGGGAUGUUUCUGGGGAGCAGAGAGAAAGUUCUGGCAGCUGCCAGGAGUCUUUUCCACACAGGUGGGCUUCUCAGGCGGCUUCACCCCCAAUCCCACUUACAAAGAAGUUUGCACUGGGAUGACUGGACAUGCCGAAGCAGUCAGGAUUGUGUUUGACCCACAGAAAAUCCGCUACGAGGACCUUCUCAAAGUCUUCUGGGAAAACCAUGACCCCACUCACGGCAUGAGGCAGCAGAAUGACGUCGGCACACAGUACCGUUCCGCCAUCUAUACCUUUGGAACUGAGCAACUAGAAUCUGCGUUGAGAUCCAAGGCGGUCUACGAACAGGAGCUGGCUAGGAAGUUACUGGGACCGAUCACCACUGAGAUCCGGCAGGCUGGCGCUUUCUACUAUGCUGAAGAUUACCACCAGCAGUACCUACACAAAAUCCCAGAUGGCUAUUGUGGCUUAAAAGGCACUGGCAUUGCUUGUCCCGCUGCUAAUGGAGAAGAGCCCUAAGGGGAGCCUUCCUGGGAGCCAUGGCAAUUGGUACCCAGAUGUGGUCACCAUGGAAACUGAAGCAGCCAAGCAUCCUCUUUUAAUUCAACAGUAAUUAAACAUGUAUGGCCUUUGUUUCCAUCUUUAAGACUCUGAGAUCACAGGGGGAGUGGGUGGCCCACUGAAAGACCUUCUUCUACAUUUGGCACAUGAUGCAGCAUGUGAGAUGGUUUCCAUACACAGCUGCUGGUGAUGUGUGGAAUUCCAUAGAAUGUGUCAAAGGCAUGUUUCUGGUAGAUCCCCUGUUCUGGUUCAGUUUUGACGUAUAGGAAGCUGGAACCAGGUGAGGUCCUACAUCUUUUGGUGUGUUUGGAAUAGAGUAUGGUUCAUUUGCCCUUCCCACCAUUGCGUGUUUUACCUAUGCCAUUGUGACUGGUGGAAAAGCUGCCCAGAAAUAUGUCAAGUUUCCUUAGGACCUCCUGGAGUGUUUCCACCUCUCUGGUUUGUGUUAAAAGCCGAGAUUAUUUUUUCUCUGUCCACCACAUCUUCUGGAAUAUUCGGAGUAUGCCAGGCGAGUUGCUUCCAAGCAUGGGCCAAUCUCUCUGCUGCCUCCUUCUCUACUUCCACUGUGACAAAAUGACUCCCAUCACAAACAAAAUGACUUCUUCACACACUCUUGGAUAUAUUACAAAGGUUUUAAUUACAUCAUUUCACUUUUUAAUGCAUAUGACUUAGAAUGAAUGCUGAUUUUUCAAACUUGAAAUUGUAAUACAGGACCCUGUUGGUUAGGAAAUAACUGCAACCAGGUAGGGAGGCCCCUUUUAAAAUCAAAGGAAAAGAGAGAUAGUUAAGGAGAUGUAGUUGGGGGUAUGUCAGUUAAGGGGUGUACUGAAGCUGAUAUUUACGAAGUCCUGAAAUUGUUAUGGGUAGGAAGGGGGGAAAGGUGACUUGCCUUGCUGGAGAUCUCCGUUAGACCAAGGGUUCCCUAGAAAGCAUCCUGGUAAUAAGCUGCCACCACUCUGGUGUCUCCUGAGAACAUCUAGACCAACCCUCUCAGUUCUAGCAUAAUAACAAAGUAACAGGGUGAAAACCCUGGAAAAUACCUUACAGCAAACUAUGUAGCGCCCAGGUGAUCUGGCACACUGGAAGAGAUUCCAAGAAAUAUCCUGGAGAAAUGUACUAAGAAAGCCAAAAAUGUCUUUAUGGAAAGAAGAUUUAUUAUAGCAAAAAAGGGGAAAUGGUGGGUGGGUUCAGAAAGGGGUAGGAAAGGGGACAAAAUACUCAGGGCAGAGCAACCGUUAAAGGAUACUACUGGACAUAAAUAGUUACCGUUUACAGUAAGGGCAUGUUAGCGUAUCAGGGCGGCCGAGAAGGAUGUAUGAAGAAGCUUGCAUGUUAACUUUAGAAUCAACCCACUAAAUUUGCUAAAAAUAGUUUUGAAUACAAGUUUUUAAUACACAUUUGGAUAUUUUCCAUAUGAUGGAUAUGCUUCAUAAUAAAUUGUUUUUUAAUUACA